UUAUAUAUGACCUUAAAGGAAAUAUGACAGAAUAGUACGAGCUGGAUUAUUAUACUCCGGACGCAUCCUGAAACGGUAGAUAACGCAUCACGGUAAGGUGAAAGUUACUGCAGUCAAACAACAUGGCGUCAAAGGCCUUAGGAAAACUUCUCCCAAAGCAGACAUGGGGAAUUAUGCAGAGAAAGUUUUCAACCACUGCUUCAAGGGCAGCGACCCAGAUGACAGUACGAGAUGCACUAAAUUCUGCCAUGGACGAAGAGCUGGCCAGGGAUGAGAAAGUUUUCCUGAUGGGGGAGGAAGUUGCUCUGUAUGAUGGUGCAUACAAAGUAUCGAGAGGCCUUCAUGCCAAAUACGGGGACAAACGAGUAAUAGAUACACCUAUUACAGAGAUGGGUUUUGCAGGUCUUGCAGUUGGGGCAGCUAUGGCAGGUCUGAAACCAAUCUGUGAAUUCAUGACAUUCAACUUUUCCAUGCAAGCAAUAGAUCAGGUCAUCAACUCGGCUGCUAAAACUUUCUACAUGUCGGCUGGAACGGUUCCAGUGCCGAUUGUUUUCCGUGGCCCUAAUGGAGCGGCUGCUGGGGUGGCGGCCCAACAUUCCCAGUGCUUCGCCUCAUGGUACAGCCACUGUCCAGGGCUUAAAGUGGUGUCCCCUUACAACUCGGAGGACUGCAGAGGCUUGCUCAAAUCUGCCAUACGGGACCCAAAUCCAGUGGUCUGUUUAGAGAAUGAGAUUAUGUAUGGAUCUCCCUUUGAAAUCUCAGAUGAAGCUCUUUCACCAGACUUCCUUAUUCCUAUAGGAAAGAGCAAAAUAGAGAGGGAGGGAAAACAUGUAACUUUAGUUUCCCACUCCAGAUAUGUAGGGCAUUGUUUAGAGGCAGCAAAUGAAUUAGCAGGAAUUGGAAUAGAGGCUGAAAUAAUCAAUCUUAGAACUUUGAGACCAAUGGAUGAUGCUCCUAUUAUUCAGUCAGUCAUCAAAACCAACCACUUAGUGACAGUAGAAGGAGGCUGGCCACAGUGUGGAAUAGGGGCCGAAGUCUGUGCCAGGAUCAUUGAGAGUCCAGCAUUUAACUAUCUGGAUGCCCCCGUGAUGAGGGUGACCGGUGCGGAUGUACCCACACCCUACGCUAAAACGCUGGAAGAUCACUCCUUCCCUCAGGUCUUUAACAUCGUGAACACUGUCAAGCAAUCUCUCAAGGUCCCUUAACACUGCCGAGACCUCUAGCAAAGAAACAGACAGUUAACACAAUGUGAUAGACAGUUUUGUUUUUGAUGGUUUUUAUACAUUACAUGUUUUGCAUUAGACAUAUUGUCAGAUUCUGUUAUUUUUUUUUUUUUAAACCUCAAUGAGGAAGACUGAUUUUAGAACAGCAAACUUUCAGGGUUUAAAUUAAGAAAGAUUUUUUUUUUAUUCCUAUUACCUGGUUGUAUUCUAAAAUCAAAGGGAUGCACUGAAAUGCUUAAAAUGUAUGGAAAUACUCAGAAAUACAUUGCCCUAGGCUUAAUGGCAAAUAUGAAAGAAGCAAGUGUUAAGGUAAAUUUUAGCAACUCUGUUUACACAAAGUGAUGUUUAAAAUCAUUUUUGAAGUAAUUAACUUCAAGUUAUGAUCAUAGAAAAAAAUAUAAAGGUGUGAAUUGAUUUAUUACAUGUAACUAAUAUUGUGACACAUACAUUUUUUAUGACAUACUUAGAAGCUGAUAGCCACAUAAUGAAAAUUUUUAUGGUAAAUUAAUGUACUACCUGUAACACUUGCAUGGGUGGUCAAGAUAGGUCUUACCUUUCACUUACCUUUUGUAAUCUCUUGAAUUUAUCUGAAUGAGCACAAGAACACUUAAAUGACACUGAAGCUUUUGCUUGAAUAUUCUAUAUUUUAUUGAUUGCACUUGUUCACAAAGUCUAGCGGACUUGUGUUCAGUAACCAUGACAAUGGUCAAGGUUAAAAAAAUCUGAAAUAUCAUACAUCAAGCAAUUGCCAUAUUUGUGUCUGAGAGAGAAAGUUCUUGCUUUGAUUGCUCCUAUACAAUUCAAAUCGAUUGGUUCAUUCGAUCCCUUUUCUAAAGGUGGAGGGUCUGAUUCUCAAGUUGGAGUAGAUGUAUUGGAGAUACAAGCAACUUGCAGUCAUAAUACACCGGUUAUUCGUCACUUCAGGGUUCAAAUAUCUAUAGACAGUACUACUGCUUUUCCUCCACAAUUUUAUUUAUUAUUACAGUUCCUGUUGUAAUAUAUAAUUAUAUUAUCAACAUCAGUUUUAUUUCUCCUGAAGUGUUAAUGUACCUGUUGAGAUAUACACAUGUACAUGUAUCAGUAUUUUACUGGAUGAAUUAACAAUAAGUGUUUCAUGCUAAAAAAAAUAAAUGGUUAAUAAUACUCUG